AUGACUGGCCGCGGCAAGGGAGGCAAGGGUCUUGGAAAGGGAGCCGCCAAGCGUCACCGUAAGGUUCUGCGUGAUAACAUCCAGGGAAUCACCAAGCCUGCUAUCCGUCGUCUAGCUCGCCGAGGUGGCGUCAAGCGCAUCUCUGGUCUCAUCUACGAGGAGACUCGUGGGGUGCUCAAGGUGUUCCUUGAGAACGUUAUCAGGGAUGCUGUCACCUAUACCGAGCACGCCAAGUGUAAGACCGUUACUGCCAUGGACGUUGUCUACGCCCUCAAGCGUCAGGGCCGUACCCUGUACGGAUUUGGUGGUUAA